GCGCGCCCUCUCCGUUUAGAAGCUGGGUCCAUUGUUGCGCUCUGUUUUGGCAAGCGCUGUUAGAUUACUCUACCCCGUCUCCCUCAAAGUUAUUGCUUGUGGUUGUGGCGCUCUUGUGGGUGCCGUCCAGUGGUCACCACGCGCACGCGCGCGCGGCGCUGUUAAAACUCGGAACAAGCCCGGCUCCUCAGACCCUUUGAAUAGUCCCUUUGUUUUCCUCCGUCUGCUUGUGCCACCCUCCCUCUGUCUCCAGGAACAGAGCUCCCCACCAACCCAACUGAACUCUGAGGGAGAGCGCGCGCGCGCCCGCACGUACGUACGUACGUGCCACCCGCUGGGCUCAGCGCCCAUGAGGAGGCGGCGAUGGACACGCGCACGCGCCGCCGCCCUAUGCCUCGCCAUUGCCGUCCUGCUGCAGCUCGCCGUCGUCCACUGCGCGGGCGCCGCGGCAAGGACGCCAGCCUUCUCCAUGCGCGCGCGCGGCCGCGCCGCGCAGAGGUGGGCGCCGUCGACCUCGACGCCCGUGCACCACGCCGUGCCCAAGCCCAGUCCAAGAGCCGGCGCCCGCGCGGUCGCGUUCGACGCCACCGCCACCGCCGCGGCCGCCCGGUGCAAGAGCAAGAGCAAGGGCAAGGCCAGCGCGGCGUGGUAUCGGAAGCCGACCGCCGGCGGCCGCGACGCCGCGUGCGACGACGACGACAAGCGGCGCAUCCCGACGGGCCCGAACCCCCUGCACAACAGGUGACCGCGCGCGUCCGCCGUAACUAAGUAACGGUCAAGCGAAGACCGCCGCAGAGCUGCAAAUGCAAGAAGGAAGGAAGGAGGAGCAGAGCAGAUGCUCCGCCGGCACCGGCGGUGUGCGCCGGUUAGAAUUACUCGCUCCCGAGCUGGUCCUUCUGCCCGAUGCCCAUCAGCACCCUCCGUCUCUCCACCAUGGAGCCGAUAUCCACUACCAGUUAGCCGUAGUUAGCAAAGCACUUGGUUUUUGGUUUGAUGUCGUCGACGAUGAUCUUGUCCGCUUCUUGCAUAUGUUUGAGCCCUUGUCCGGGAGCACUUGGGUGUAUAUUCCGUUCCGCCUAGCCGUGUCCUUUUGUUCAAUCAGAAAACAAGAAUUGUUGUCUU